UAUUUACUAUAUUUCUUUUGACUUUAAGGCAGCAUAAUACAUGUCUUGACGUCCACUUGCAACAUUCUCGCAUGGAGUGAUUCAUGUUGUCCUAAAUGUAGUUAGGUACAGCCCUAUGACCAUAAAAGAAGAAAACCGCAUUUCACAGUCUGAAGUCAAGCAUAGACAUGCCCCAUUCUGAGUGUGAAACCGGUUCGAAAGUUUCGGACCCACAACAUUCCCAGAAACUCCUCAGGGUCCUGCGUGUCUUCUGGCAAGAGCACAGUUUCCACGAUGCGCUGCUGGUGGUUGAUGGAGAGGAGCUGCCUGUCCAGAAAAACAUCCUGGCUGCUGCUAGCCCUUAUAUCAGGACCAAGCUGAACUACAAUCCUCCAAAGGAAGAUGGGUCUACGUACAGAAUCGAGCUGCAGGGCGUCUCCAUGGCCAUCAUGAAAGAGAUCUUGGAGUAUAUCUUCAGCGGUGAAAUCACUUUGAGUGAAGAGACCAUCCAGGACAUGGUGCAGGCGUCUGACAUGCUCCUCAUGACUGACCUCAAGUCCCUCUGCUGCCAGUUCUUAGAGAGCUGCAUCACUGCAGAGAACUGCAUCGGCAUCCGGCUCUUCUCUCUGCACUACUGCCUUUACCACGUCCACUACGCCGCCACCGAGUUUCUGCAGACACAUUUUGGCGAUGUGGGGCUCUCCGAGGAGUUCAGGGAGCUGCCCCUGGACCGGCUCUGCGAGGUGUUGGCCAUGGAGAAGCUGAAUGUGGGCAACGAAAGGCACGUGCUGGAGGCUGUGGUGCGAUGGUUCGCUCACGACCCAGAGGACCGCAGGGUCCACAUGAGGGAAGUGAUGUCUGCAGUGUGGCUGCAAGGCCUGGAUGUCAGUUACCUGAGAGAGCAGGCCAUGGGGGAGCCGCUGAUGAGGGAGGUGAUCAGAGAGUACUGUCAGCCGGUGCUGAGUGCUGGUGCUCUGCAGGGUGAGGCUCUGCUCGCUGCCUUCAAACCCAGAGGUUACUCAGAGUGUAUAGUUGUCGCCGGAGGAGAGGACCGCAAAACCAGGAAGCCAACUGCUGUGACGCACUGCAUGUGUCCGCUCUACGACACCAACAGACAGGCCUGGAUCGAGCUGCAGCCAAUGAGCGUAGCCCGCCUCGGCCACGGGGUGGUCGCUGCCGAGGGUUUCCUGUUUGUGAUGGGCGGAACAGACGAACACAACACAGUCCUGGACAGUGGAGAGAAAUACGACCCUGACUCCAACACCUGGAGCCCCAUACCCCCAAUGCUGCAGGCUCGUCAGAACUUUGGUGUGGUCGAGCUGGACGGUCUGAUCUACGUUCUCGGAGGAGAGAACGAAGCAACGGAGCUGAUCACUGUUGAAGUGUUUGACCCUCACUUGAAUACCUGGAAAAUGCAGACCAGCAUGACCAUGAUCCGCAAGGUCGGCUGCUACGCCUCCAUGAAUAAGAAGAUCUAUGCCAUGGGUGGGGGCUCUUACGGAAAGCUGUUUGACUCUGUUGAAUGCUUUGACCCCAAAACCCAACAGUGGACUGGCCUCUGCCCUCUGAAAGAGAGAAGGUUUGGUUCGGUGGCGUGCGGUGUCGGCCAGGAGCUCUAUGUGUUCGGUGGGGUUAGAAGCCAAGAGAACGACAAUCCCGAGCAAAGACACAUGAUGACCUGCAAGUCUGAGUUCUACCAUGACGAGAUGAGGAGGUCAGUAUGGAAAUACUGCUUUUGUAGGAUCUUAAAAUCUGUUUUUAAAUUGCAGAUCCUAUGAAUGUGUUAUUAUUAUUAUUAUUAUUAUUAUUAUUAUUAUU